AUGGAGAUGGAAUACGGAAUUUUAUUUACACGCUCCAUAACCGUUUACAGCACUUUAUGCAAUCAUGGAAUUGUCAUCAUUUUUUCGUAUGAUUAUUAUAUAUAUAAUGGUAUGUAUACGUCAGUGUUCAGUGUAGCUAAAUCACCACGAUUGAUCGAAGAUGAUAUUGCCUAUAAACAGUUGAUUCAAUCCAAUGAUUCACAACAUGAACAUGCAUUACAACAUUUGGGUGAGGCAACAUUGGCCAAAGCAUUGGCUAAGCGUGUACGUGUACUCUGUUGGAUACUUACAAUGCCAAGUAAUCAUAAAUCAAAAGCUGUGCACGUUAAAGCUACCUGGGCUGGUCGAUGCAAUAAAUACAUGUUUAUUAGUAGCGAAAAUGAUGAAAACCUUCCUUCAGUAGCUGUAAUCGAUAAAGAAGGUCGUAAUUUGCUAUGGAAUAAAACAGCUGCAGCUAUAAAAUAUAUUGCAAAAAAUUAUGCUAAUGAUUAUGAUUAUUUUUUAAAAGCAGAUGAUGAUUCUUAUGUUGUUGUCGAAAAUCUACGUAGAAUUCUAUCUAAACAUAAUCCUGAUAAACCAUUUAUCAUGGGUAGAAGAUUUAAGCCGUACGUAAAACAAGGCUAUAUGUCAGGCGGUGGCGGUUAUGUACUCUCACGUGCUGGUCUCAUAAAUAUAGCCAAUGGUUUAAUAAACAACACAGAUUGUCUAAGCAGUAAAUAUGUGUUUGCUGAGGAUGUUAAACUAGGUUUUUGCGCUGAAGCCACUAAUGUAAGCGUGGCCGACAGUUUAGACUCAGAAGGACGUGAAUGCUUCCAUCCCUUCUCACCAUCUAACAUGCUUACAAAAGACCCUAAAGGUUAUCCUGAUUGGUUUCGAAAGUACAAUUAUCAUAGAAUAGAUACAGGAUUUGAUUGUUGCAGUGAUUAUGCUAUCUCUUUUCAUUAUAUUACUCCAGAUGAAAUGUAUCUUUUUGAAUAUAUGCUAUAUCAUUUACAUCCAUAUGGUAUACAUCGAGACUUUAUGGAUUUAAUCAAUUUUCUACAGUAUAAUAGAAUCUCUUAG